AUGUCAAGUUGGUUAACGUUUUUCCGAUUAAGAAAAGUAGAAGGGGAAGAAGGGGACAAUUCGACGGAAGAAAUGGGAGCUACGCCGCUAAAUCUAUCAAUUCUACAUGAAUUAGAUGAGGAACAACAAGCUCAUAUAAGGGAAGUUUUUCGACGAGCAGAACAGUCACAUAAAGAAGUCCGAGUUGUGUUGAACAAGAGAAAGCUUUCGAGACUCAGUGAUGCAAGAUUUCGAGGAAUAGCUGACGAAAAUGAACAAUUUUUUACCGUUCGUAAUGAAAGCUUUGUGCAGAUGGACUCACUUCCAGAAACAAUAGAAGUCAGAGAGGCAUCCGAUUCGUUACUCAAUUCUAAGUGCAAUUGUUCAGAAUCUUCGACAGUUGGCUCAAAAGACACGAAAGAUUCAUCUAUCGAACAACCUGGAUAUUUCACACAAAGCAUUAAACAACUUAGCAAGCAGUUAUAUCGCUGGAUAAGCUCUCUCGAUGACGAUGGAGGCGAUAUACUAACCUCCGCACGAAAAUUGGCUCGCUUUUCAACUCCUCUUAAUAUAGAAAGGAACACAGACUUUGCGAAAUAUGUAUCUAAGAUGUCGCACGAAAUUUGUACACUAGCUAUAGCCGAUUCUGUCUGUAAGAUUGUUCUGGAUCAGUAUUGUCAUUGGUUGUGUACCGUUAUAUUUACUGCUGUAUAUAACGAAUUAAAAUUGAAAUACGGAACAGAUGCUGAAAUUGAUAGAUACUGCUCCGAACUGACAAUCAACAUCUUCAAAUCUGUCUACUUGAAUGCGUUGGAAUUACUUUGCGGACAAGAACAGCCACAUACGACUUGGUCUGGAAGUGAUCACAACGUGCAUACUGCUUUACUGCGUGCUUCCUCUACAACGUUUAAAAAAUCAAUUUCUUGUGAAUGUAUUCAAUCUUUGGCACGUCUCAUUGAUCAGGAAUCAACGUUGUAUCGCUACUCAGAACUUGAUGAUGACUGUGAAGAGGAAUUUUGUUAUGUACUUCUGGAGGAAGAUAAAGAGAAGCUUUCACAAGAACUAAGGUCUGCAUUGCAGAACUUCGCAGAAAAACUCUGGAUUCAUAUUUUAGCCUUAGUCCUGGCUGAUGUUAUGCUGAAAAAACAAGGAUCCGUGCUACAGGAAAAGUUUUCAGAGGCCAACCUAACUUCAUCGGUUCAGGAAAACAUUCAGGAAGAAAGACAAAAUUCUUUCUCUUCUAUAGAUGACUACGGCAAUCUCGACGACAGCAGUUGCAGUGUGUCAUCUGAUGAAUUUGUAAAUGAAUACACUUUGUUGGACAAUGAAAACCGGGGCCUACGUCUCUAUAUGAAGCAACAAGUUGAUGGUAAGAUGAGUCCACCACUAACACUCUAUGAGGUUGAUCCAACUCGAGAUAUUUACCUAAAUCCUUUACUUACUGAUAUCUACGAAACUAGAAAGCAGAGCAAACCGGAAUCCGGAGGUAGUUCCGGUUCGGAAUUUUCAGAAACAGAAUGGAAUACCAGGCAACAGCUUGAUUCGGAAAGUUAUCACAGCGAGAGUUCCUGUGAAGAAAAAUCCACUUCGACUGCAACGGAACAGUUAAGCAAUAAUGAAGGGACAGGAAACACUGAAGCGAUGAAAUACAUAGAACAAAUUAUAAAAGAGGCAGAAUAUAUUGUGUCAGAUGAAGCAACAUCAAAAACGACUCAGAAUGGGAAGAUCUACGGUCAAGAAAAGAAUAUGGAUAAUCUAGAAAUCGACUUGAUUAGUUUGGAGGAGUGGUCAUCCUCUACAUUGAGUGCGAUGAUACAGCACGUAAAGUCCAUCUUUGACGGCGAAGUAAAAUUGGGACAUCAUAUAGAUCCAGAUCUGGAAUGUUUAGACUCAAGGACUUUAAAUGAAACUUUGAAGUCUAAAAACAGUAUAUACAAUCGUAAAAUAAAAGAAAAUGGAAGAAAAAAUGUAUUAGUUGGAGAAGAACAAAGUUCAACUUGUUCUGAGUCUCUUUCAGAUUUAACGACAGAAAUUACAAAUAAUUAUUAUGAAUUUGAAGAGGAUAAUAUAGAGAAUAUUCCUAAUCAAAUUCACGAACCUUUGGAAUCACGUUUUUCGACUUAUGAGAAUAGACCUUUGAACGACUUACGAUUGGUGCCAGAAAUGGAAUCCCAAGAUUACAGAGAUGAAUCAUUUUGUCGAUUCAACAACUUUAAAGACGAAAAAUUCGAAAGUUGCAGUAAGUUUGAUGAACUAAAUAACACUGAGGAGGUUGUAACACAGUUUUCUAUCGAUAAAAAAUUAACAUAUGAAGACAAUUUUGGAGAUCUCUUUAACAGCGAUUUGGAUGAACGACAUCCGAUAUUCAGGAAACAGAAAUCAGACUCGAUUUCAACUGAGAAAUUUGAUGAAACUACCUCUAUUACUUCCGGUUUUUUAGAUGAGACAUAUUCCGACAACGACAUAGUGAUGAAAAGGCGAAAGAAUGAGGACGGACAAUCAUUCAUAGUAGAGGAACAGGAGUGGAGUGAAUCUGAAAAAGAAAAAAGUCAUAAAAAAUUCCAGAUACAAGAAAUGAAUUUAAUGAAAUUCGAAAAAGAUGAGAUAAAGUCCGAAGAAUUACCAACAACAGAAAUAACAAAGCUUGAAGAUCAAAAAAUGCAUUAUCACGAUCAACAAAAAAUCGAUGGUCUGCACACAGUGAUGAGCAGUGCGGUUUAUUCAAAAGUGCGUACAUAUGAAGUGGAUGCAAAAAGCGGUGCAAAGUCGUCAACGUUUCAAUCAGAUACGAUUGUUUCCACCGAUUCUGUUUCUACAGUUGUUUCUAAAGCAGCUUUCACUACGGACAGUUUAAGAAAUGAGAACCAACAAAUGAAAGAAAAACUGGAAUACAUAGCAAAUGUUGCACACCCGCCAGCAGAAUGCUGUCAGGAUUUCAAAUCUACUACGAUAGAAGAUGCUGUUGGAAAUAAGCCAGAAAUGCUAACAUUUGGACUUAAAAAAACGACCUCUGAUGGUUGCGACAGAUUAAAUGACAGCGCAAAAUACAUUUUAGAUGCAAUGAUUCCAAGGAAGCAAUUAUCAACAAAAGAAAGAACGGAACACAUUACAAACAUUAACAGCGCAGUUGAAAAAGAAAUCGAUGCCACAUUCGAAGAAUCUGAAUUUGAAUUAACUCAAGAUGAACUGGAGCAUAUAGCACGUGUUUCAUGCAUGGCUGAAGAAGCAUUUGGCAAACUUCAAGCACUGCAAAAUCCUCAAACAAAAUUGCCCACUGAUAAGGAUUUGGUUGAAGAUGAAGGUCGGAUAAUCUCGGAUUACGAGGAAUACAACGUGAAGGAAGCAGAAGAAUUUUCAGAACAAAGUCAAUCGAAAACAAGUUCUGCAACGUCAGGUCCAGACUCUCCACAAGA